AUGGUGUGGAUUCAGAGGAGGAGGCUUUUGGCUUCUUGCCUAUGCAUCACAGCCACAGUCUUUCUGCUUGUCACACUCCAGGUCGUGGUUGAACUGGGAAAAUUUGAAAGGAAGAAGUUUAAAAAUUCUGAUUUGCGAGCUGGACAUGCAAAAAUGGAAGAGGAGCCUGUACAUCUCUAUCCACUCCCUGGGAAAGAAGCACUGAUCUUGAAGCGGAAGAACCAACUGGAAACUGAUAGCUAUCCCAUCAUGCUCUGGUGGUCCCCCUUGACUGGGGAAACUGGAAGGUUAGGCCAGUGCGGAGCAGAUGAGUGUUUCUUCACCAUCAACCGGACCUACCUACAUCAUCCCAUGACCAAAGCAUUCCUCUUCUAUGGCACUGACUUUAAUAUAGAUAGCUUACCUCUGCCUCGGAAAGCCCACCACGACUGGGCCCUUUUUCAUGAAGAGUCUCCGAAAAACAAUUAUAAGCUCUUUCACAAGCCAGUCAUCACCUUGUUCAACUACACAGCCACCUUCAGCCGGCAUUCCCACUUGCCACUGACCACCCAGUACUUGGAGGGUGUAGAAGUCCUGAAGUCACUCCGAUACCUAGUCCCUUUGCGGUCCAAAAACAACCUUCGAAGAAGACUUGCUCCACUGGUAUAUAUCCAGUCAGACUGUGACCCGCCGUCAGACAGGGACAGCUAUGUUCGAGAGCUGAUGACUUAUAUCGAGGUCGAUUCCUACGGUGAGUGUUUACGAAACAAAGAUCUCCCUCAGCAGCUGAAAAAUCCAGCCUCUAUGGAUGCCGAUGGCUUUUAUAGGAUCAUUGCACAGUAUAAGUUUAUCCUGGCCUUUGAGAAUGCAGUGUGUGACGACUACAUCACCGAGAAGUUCUGGAGACCUCUGAAACUGGGGGUGGUCCCUGUGUAUUAUGGGUCCCCCAGCAUUGCGGACUGGCUCCCAAGUAACAGAAGUGCUAUUCUCGUAUCAGAAUUUGCUCACCCUAGAGAAUUGGCAAAUUACAUCAGACAACUGGAUCAUGACGACAGGAUGUACGAGGCCUACAUAGAAUGGAAGCUGAAGGGUGAGGUCUCCAAUCAGCGACUUCUCACAGCACUCAGGGAACGGAAAUGGGGAGUGCAGGAUGUCCACCAGGACAACUACAUCGAUGCGUUUGAGUGUAUGGUGUGCACCAAGGUGUGGGAUAACAUCCGGCUUCAGGAAAAGGGCUUACCACCCAAGAGAUGGAAGGCAGACGUUAGCCAUCUGAGUUGCCCGGAGCCUGCCGUGUUUGCUUUCUCACCUCUGGCUCCACGUUGGAGCUCUUUGCGGGAGAUGUGGAUUCCAAGCUUUGAGCAAUCCAAGAAAGAAGCCCAGGCACUGAGGUGGCUGGUUGAUAGGAAUAAAAAUUUUUCAGCUCAAGAGUUUUGGGCCCUAGUAUUCAAGGACUAA